AUGAAAAUUACCCAUACAACAUAUAACGAAGUACGCGGGGGUGCACCGACUCCUAUGCCUCCCACCCCUCCCCCCAUGUCUCGCACUCCCGAAUUUCUCACCACCCCCGCCGCAUUCCGCUUCAGUCCCCCGCCCCCACGCAAGUCCACCUCUCCCAUCUCGCACAAUCCGUUACGCAGUACUACGCUCCGCAUCAAACGGUAUUUGAAAAUGCACGUACGGUUUGCGCGAGAGGGGAAUGCGACUGGGACUGGGACUGGAAAGCGGCCAGGCAGCCAGCGCUUCUCGCGCUCCAGACAUGGGACUAGUAUUCGCUAUCCGCCUGGGGAAAUGCAUCCGCCGACGGUGCCGACGCAGGUGGGGAAGUAUCAUUCGGGGAGUGUGAGGGGGAGUAUUUCGUCGAGGGGGGGAGAGGAGAGGGGUAGUCAGGCGCAUGAGAGGGGCUUGGAACAGAGGUAUAAGCAUAUGAAGGGGAAAAAGAGACCGAGUUAUUUGAAGCCGAGGGAGGAGAAGGGGAGGGUGAGUGGAGGGGAUUGGGGUGCGGAUUUGGGGGUGGGGAUUGGGGGGCUGGACUUUGAGGGGUAUAUGAAGCAGCAGCGGGGGUUGGAGAGGGAUUUUGGAAAGGGCUAUAAUGGAGGGGGUAGUCCACCCAGUCCGCGGAUUGAUAGUCCACCAAGAGAGGGUAGCCCUUCGAGGAUUAUCGUUGCGCCGAAUCAUGCUCGUGUGCCGAGGGAAGAUAUUGGGGGUAUGAAGAGAAUGUGGGAGGGAAAGGAGUUUGAUCAGGGGAUGACGUCGUUGGAUCUCGAGGGUUAUAUGAAACAGAAACGGGGACUGGACCGAGAUUUUGGAAAGGGACUCAGAUACCGCGGGAAUAGUCCCAGUCCCUCGCAGAGUCCUCCACGCACUUUUCCGACUCAUUCGCCAAUACCAAUACCGAUUCCGGUUUCGGCUGGACAUGGCAGUGAGACGGAGACGGGAACGGGCAAUGCGAGUUUGGGAGAUAGUGUAAAGUUUUCGGAUGUGCAGUGGAGUAGUGUGGGGAGUGGAGGAAGUGGGACGGGGACGACGGGGACGACGGAAACGGGGGAGAGUGGAGUGUAUGCGGAGAGUUCGAGGGGCAGGGGAACGGGGGUUGGGGUUGGAGUUGGGAUGGGAAAACAUAAGGCGGCGCCUGGGCAGAGGAGAUUGAGGAGGAAGGGCAAUCUGGAGGAGAGGGAUCAGAGUCCAGCGACUACGCCGGCUAGUUCGCGGUCACAGACUAUUGAUAAGGAGGAGACGGCAAGUGGCCGUGAGGAAAAGGAAAACGAAACACAAAUGGAAAGUCCAGAAGAGGAAACGACGAUUGAACAGUUGAACAUGAUGCGAAUGGCGAUGUGGAAUGGGAAAUUGGAGAAAGUGGUUCCGCCCAGCCAAGAAGUGCCUAAACAUACCGAUGUUCUGCAUUCCUCGACUCCGACUUCUACUUCUAGUAGAAAUCGAAAGGACAGUAAGGGCAAAGGGAAGGGAAAGAUGGUGGAGGGGAGAGCUAGCCCGAUCCAGAAGUUGAAGGGGUAUAUGGGGCAUGGGGUAGAGGUUGUGGAUGACUUUUUUGAGAAAAAGACGAAUUCGAAGACGGGGAGUAAAUUACCUAGUCCGUUUGAGUAUUUGUUGUAUCCGAGUUAUGAUGGGAAGGGCAAAGGGAAGGGUGAGAGGAAUAGUGCGGAGUCGAAGGGCAAAUUGAAGGGGAAGGGCAAGGGGAAAGAGGGGGAAGGGGAAGAUAGUGAUGAGGAACUUUGGGGAUGUGUGGGAGAGCAGAAUAAUGAGAGUGGGAUAUUAGUCCCGUCUCAACCUACAGGUAUCGAGAAAGCUGCUGAAAAUAAAGGGAUGCCAGAAGGAGUACCUGAACCCCAGACAACGAGGAAAGAAAGUAACGGAGAAGAGACAUGGAAUGUGCACUGGGAAAACCUCUGCAAACUAUGUCGAAAGCGCGUAACUAGCGGUCCUCGCGGACUCUGUCGCGCUUGCGAAGAGAAUUUCACCAACACCAAGGCGUGGGAAGAAAGCACGGCCAACUUUGGCGACGACGAUAUUGCACCCACGCCACCGCUUAAAGAUCGACACGUCACCUCCAUGCGCGACAUGCUCGCCAGCACGCCUCCGGAUUUCCAUCCCGAUGCAGAUGCUAGUUAUCGACCGCCGCUUCCGGCUAAAGAUACGUUUCACGUGUCGAAGGUGGAGAAUAGUCGGCCGCGGAUUGUGAAUCCGUUGCCGGUGAGACAGGAGAGUCAGAGGUUGGUUUAUGGGGGGAUGAGCGAUAGUCCGAGGGAUAUCGAGAUUGGGUUUCCCGAGUGGCAGACGCAUUCGUUGGAGGUGGAGGGGGCGGAGACGGAACGCAUGUUUAAGAGGUGGUCGGAGAAUUAUAGAGGGGGGGUGAAAGGGAUGGGGGAGGGAAAAGAAAAGGAAGAUGGGGAGGGAGGGGUGACAGGGGAAGGAAAGGAAAAGGAAAGAGAAAGGGAAGAUGGGGAGAGUCCGAGGAAUAGUACUUUUUAUGAUUUUUGGGCUGAUAUUUUGAAGGGGGAUGAGCGGCCCGAGACGCCGAAGUUAGAAGGAAGGAAGCCGAGGGCGUGA